AAACUGAUCGCACUUUUAGCUGCUGAGGGUUUCUCUCAUUUAUCAGAGGGUUUGCUUAUUCUUAACCCUAAUAAGUUCGUUUUCUUUUCCGGCGCUCGAAUUUGCGCAGUGUUUUUGAUGGAUUUGGACGGAUGUCGUUGAAUUCUGGUGAAGAUUCAUGCUGAGAUUCCAUGGGAUCUUUUUUUACCGCUUCAUUUGAGCUCCUGAGUAAGGAAUUUGUACCAUUUUGCUAGCGUUCGAUUUUUUAUUUUUGUGGGAUAAGUUGAGCAAUGUUCUGGCGCAAAUUACACUGUGUGUUUUAGGGGUUCGGAGAUUUUGUCUGGCAGGCCUUGGCUUAGACUGUAUGCUGUGAAAUUUGUUGUCGUCUAUUUAUGUCUUAUUCUGCGGAGCUGAGCUGUAUUAUUUAACGCAAAGUAAUCUGAGCCCAGCCUUUUUCCGGCAUAAAUUUGUGCAGAUUGAUUUCCUUUGCCGUCCAAUUUUCUCCUCUUAUCAUGCCUAUUCGCUGAGGUGCGUCUGUUGCGGCGUUCUUUUCGUUUUUGAUUAAAAGGUUUCGAUACCGUGACCUGCAGCUGUGUUGUUUUUUAAUAUUUUAUCCUUGAGGCUCUCCUCGCGGGUUUUGACACCGUUGACCUGUGAUUUAUUUUUAACUAAAGGAUUUUGUCGUGGGGGCUUUGAAUUUGUAAACUGCAUUUUCUGGCACAAAAUUCAGAUUUAAAUAGGCGCAGUUUGAGUCUGUGCAUCUGCAUCCGGUGGGAAAAGAGACAUUCAUUAAGUUUAUCCCAUGGGCGAGUUCUAGAGGGGUCCUCUGCACGCCACGGUGGAGGAUCCCGUACUUCCGUCUUUAGAUUCCUCCAUUCUUGUGGUGCUUUGGAGUGCCUGUCUGAUUGCCCACAUAUCGCUGAGAGUUUUGAUUCCAACGGGGUUGGUUUGGUGUAUUGGUUCAGUUUAUUUUGCUGAUUCGUUAAUAAUAAGGGUACAAGAAAAUGAUAUAGGAACCUGAUAGUGUUGGAAGAUCUGGCAGUUGGGCUUUGAUUUGUUUGCUCGCACAAAUUUAUCGGGAAGGAAGAACAAUGUUCCCGACAGGAAAUGAACUGGCUUCGUCAUCCGGAGGCAUACCCUCAGUCUUGGUACCUACACGGUUUGUCUGGCCCCAUGGAGGGCGUCGUGUGUAUCUUGUUGGUUCCUUUACAAGCAGGUGGACGGAAACCUUGCCAAUGUCUCCAGUAGAGGGAUGCCCAUCUGUUUUUCAAAUUGUUUGUAGCUUGGUGCCAGGAUUACAUCAGUACAAGUUUAUUGUUGACGGGGACUGCAGGCAUGAUGACCAACAGCCUACAAUGACUCCCACCUUUGGGACUGUCAACAAUUUCUUAUUUGUUACAGCACCAGAACUUCCAACAGCAGUAGUAACUCCAGAGCUACCAGGAAUGGAAUCCCAAAUGGAAGUAGAUCUCAUUCGACGGGUCACAUUGUCAGAUGAUACCCUGCAGGAGCAAGUCCAGAGGAUCUCACAAGCAGAGAUAGAAGUUUCAAGGCGCCGAAUCGUAGAUUUCUUAUCAUCGCACACUGCCUAUGAGUUGCUUCCUGAUUCAGGCAAGGUUUUUGCUUUGGAAGUUACUUUGCCUGUGAAACAAGCUUUUCAUAUACUUUAUGAACAGGGAAUUCCAGUGGCUCCUUUAUGGGAUGCCAGGAGGGGAGAGUUUGUAGGCAUGCUAAGUGCCUCAGACUUCAUAACAAUCCUAAAAGAGAUUGGAAAUUAUGGUGCAAUGCUAUCAGAGGAAGAACUUGAAACACAUACAAUUGCUGCUUGGAAGGAUCGAAAGGUGUUUAUCAACAGACAAAUGGACUCAUCAACUUUACCGUACUGGAGACCUCUUGUGUAUGUAAGUCCUCAUGAUUCUUUGAAAGAUGUUGCUCAAAAGAUCUUGCAGAAUGAGGUUGCCACAGUACCCGUCAUAUACUCUUCAUCAGAGGAUGGAUCAUCUCAACAAUUACUGCAUCUCGCGUCACUUUCUGGAAUUCUGAAGUGUAUAUGCAGACAUUUCAGACAUGCUUCUAGUUCACUGCCACUUAUGCAGCAGCCUAUUUCUCAAGUGCCCACUGGUACCUGGAUUCCAGAAAUUGGGGAAGUUGGUGGUCGCCCAUUGCAAAUGCUUCGGCCUAAUGCAUCUUUAAAUUCUGCUCUUUCUCUGCUACUUAAAGCUCAAGUAAGUGCCAUCCCAAUUGUCGAUGAGAAUUUUUCAUUAGUGGAUAUCUAUUCCAGAAGUGACAUUACUGCUUUGGCAAAAGAUAGAGCAUAUGCACAGGUGCAGAUUGACAAGAUAAAUAUUCAACAGGCAUUACAGUUAGGGCAAGAUAGAAAUACUUCUGUUGGUUCUUUUGGUGGACGGAGAUGCCACAUGUGCUUACGCUCUGACACACUUCAGAAAGUAAUGGAGUGCUUGGCUAAUCCUGGUGUUCGGAGGGUCAUAUGUGUGGAAGCAGGUAGCAACCGUGUGCAGGGCAUUAUCUCCUUGAGUGACAUUUUCAAAUUUCUUCUUGGCUAGUUUCAGGCCUCAUUCUUUCAAUCCUGUUAGUUAAAAUGUAAUGUCAUUUUUGGCUUACAAAUUUGAGAGGCUGGUGUUAGUUGUCCCAUUGGGAUAUCCUGGUUUGUAAUUCAGGUCACGAUCUGCCUUUCUUGGCGUUCUCUGCUUGAGAAGGCCACAGUGGUAUUUUUGCUGAUCUCAGUUUUAUUUGUUAACCGCAUGUUGCCCUUGGCUCAAAUGUGAAUCUUUCUGGAAAAAUUGUCACUGGAAGGCUUUGUCAACCAUGGAGCAACUUCUUUCAGCCACCUCAUUCUGAUAAAAAGGGAAUUGUUUAGAAUAUCCAGUUAUCUUUUAAUUUGAAAAAUAUGAAGUCUUUCCAUUGUUUUACCAAUGGCAAGGAAUACACAUUCAUUAAAGAAUUGCUUGCUUGAGCAGAAAUGCCCCCUGCCUAUUUUGAGUUCUAUAAUCUAAAAUGUCUGACAGAUCAUCAGUUGCUGUAAUUAGCAUGGAUCAGCUUGCUCUCAAAUGAGGGGUAAGGUUUUCCUAUUGGCAGGAUGUUUUUCGUCACCUGCUUUGGUGGGAAACAACAAAAAAUAUAAUGAAGUGGUUUUUCUAGUUGAUGGAUUAUGAACCUAAUUUUAAUCAGCUACCUUUCUUUAUAAGCAAACAAUUAUGCUUCUGCAAAAUUUUAUUUUAUGUUUAA